AUGCGAAUUGAGAGAAGAAAAAUCAGGCCAGUACAUGUAAGAGACAUAGAUAAAGAGGUUGUGCUUGAACUGUUGCUGAGUGAAAAAUGUAGCCUGGGCGCUGGAGUCUCCGUGAUUCCUAUACUUGGUAUGGGGAUUUUGAUGUUAAUAGUGACAAAAACAAUUUUGAAAUUGGUGACCGCUGAAAGUUGCGAUGACAAUGAUCUGAAUUUUUUGCAAGUCAAAUUAAAGGAGAAACUGAAUGGAAAGAAGUAUACUGUCAUUCUUGAUGAUCUUUGGAAUGCAAACUAUCAUGACUGGACUAUCCUACUUGCUCCUUUCCUAGUAGGUGCUUUAGGAAGUAGGAUUGUCAUUACAACUCGCAAUCAGGAAGUUUCAUCAACGACCGGUACCAUUCCAGCUUACCAUUUGCAAGUGUUAUCAAAUGAUGCUUGUUUGUCUUUAUUUACCCAACACGCAUUGGGGGCAUGCGAUUUCAAUGCACACACAAACCUUCAAGACAUUGGUGAGGAAGUUGUUAAAAGGUGUAAAGGCUUGCCUUUGGCAGCAAAAACCCUUGGAGGCCUCCUACGCACUAAACGAGAUCGUAAUGAGUGGGAAGAUAUAUUAAAGAGCAAGAUAUGUGAUAUACCAAAGGACUAUGAAUUUGAGAAGGAGCAGCUUGUUCUAUUAUGGAUAGCUGAAGGCCUAGUUCAAGCAGUAGAAGGGGAUAAGCAAAUGGAAGAUUUGGGUAGCGAGUAUUUUCAAGAGUUAUUGUCAAGGAAAAGGCAAUGCUUUGAACUAAAAGAGUUAGGUUCUUUGUUACAUCUCCGAGGGACACUCGUCAUCUCACAAUUGGAGAAUGCCCUUGAAACCAGGGAUGAAAGGGACGCUAAGUUAAUUAAAAAUCCCAAUCUUACUGCAAUAUUGUUCUUGGAAUGGAGUGGCAACUUGGACGAGUUACAAGAUAGAACAUGUGAAUUAGGCAUACUUGACAUGCUACAUCCAAACAAGAUUGAAAAUUGUAAAAAGUGCACGUCAUUGCCACCAGUUGGGCAACUACCAUUACUCAAACAGCUUUUCAUCGAAGGCAUGGUUAGUGUGAAGAAUGUUGGUCAUGAGUUUUAUGGGGGUAGUUGCUCACAAUCUUUUGAAUCCUUGGAAACUCUGAGUUUCAAGGAUAUGACGGAAUGGGAGAACUGGAGCCCUAUUGGAGAGUUCCCACACCUGUGUGAGCUUUCUAUUAAAAAUUGUCCCAAACUGUUGGGGAACCUACCUAACCAUCUUCCUUUACUAAAAAAAUUUUUGGUAGAUGAAUGCGAGCAGUUGAUGGUCUCAAUUUCAAGCUUUCUUGAGCUCUGUGAACUACAAAUUGAGGGAACGAAAGGGGUGGUGUGCAGAAGUAAGGUAGAUUUCAGCUCACUAAAGUCUAAGUUUCUUUCAACAAUUUCAGAAUUCACAUGUCCAAUAAAAGGGCUUAUUCUCGAAGGACUAACACAUGUAGAAGAUCUAGCUAUUGAAAAUUGUGAGGAGCUGAUGCCUUUGUGGUCAAAUGAUAUGGGAUUACUACAACCCCUUCCCUGUCUUCAGGUUCUAAAGUUUUAUAAUUGUCCGAAACUAGUUUCUCUAGUGGCAGAAGAAGUAAAAGAGCAGCCGCAACCAGGUUUGCCUUCCACACUCAAAGAAAUUUAUAUCUCUUAUUGCAAUGGCAUGGAAUCUUUACCCAAGCAAUGA